UCCCCGACGCGAGCGGAGGAUGGAGAGAUGUGUGGAUCACGACCACGGGAGGCUCUGAAUAUGACACUGCACCUCGCUUUCUUCGUAUGAGCACUAACCCAGCUGCUCUGGAUUCAGAGAUCCGGCACCGUCUUUCGCGUCCCCCUGUUCGCUUCCUGGGUUGCGUGGACCGUUAAACGUCGGCUCGGUCCCUCACGGUUAUGUUGUAGUUUACCGGGACGAGGCUGCGUGAGUUUUGUGCUUCUUGUGCGGUUUUUCCUUUUUUUUUUUUUUUCUUUUUCUUUUUCUUUUUUAUUCUUUUGAUCCGGGAAAUGUUGGCAUGGCCGCCUCGGGAGCACAGAAGUGUCCGAAGAGUGAGAAGUUGGACGAGGCGCAGGCUUUGGCCAAGAGCUGCGCAGGGAGACCAGACUUCCUGCCUUGUGAUGGACUCUCCAUCUGCGCUACGCACAGCCACGGGAAGUGCUUCAAGCUGCACUGGUGCUGCCACUUGGGCUGGUGUCACUGCAAAUACGUGUACCAACCCAUGACCAAUGUGUGCCACCUGCCUAGCACAACCGUGCCACCUGUCGGCUCAGAGUACAGUAACACCAUUGACCUGUCCGUCUCUCUGGCUGAGCGUUUCCUGAAGCUUGCCCCCUGCUUCCAGUCCCCGCCUCACUUGGAGUCGCCCAAAUACUGCGUCAUCGCGGACCUGUUUGUGGACGACUACAUUGUCAAACGCAUCAGUGGGAAGAUGUGCUACGUGCAGCGCCCCCCCCCUCCCUUACCAGAACCGCCUCAUCCUCCCACCCCUCCUCCACCUGCUCCAGCUACACCUCAGAUGCCCCAAAAUCCUGCUCAGCCUCGGCAACCAGUCAAGCCCACGCUGCCCACCCAACACACAGCUGCACCUGCGCCUGUGCAGCUAGUCCAGCAGGUGUACAGUGAACACAAACACCCCUCCCCUUUGGAUAAGAUAAAAGGCCCCAAAAUGGACCACUGCUCCUCUCCAUCCAGCUCCGAGGACUCCGGCAUCAACGCGCUGGGCCUGCACUACCUGGAGUCCUGCGAGGAGGAGAGCGAGGAAGAGGAGGACGACGAGUUGAGCACAGAUGGAAACUCCAGCCCCGGCAGCCUCUGGGAUCAAGACGACUGUUCUGUGCUCUCUCCCUCCAAGUCUAUGAUAGAGAUCAUUGAAAAGAUCGAAACAACUGUGUAAGUGACAUGGCAUCGACCUGGACACCAGCUGAGAGGGAGCGACGCGUUUAAUGAGAAUAACACUCAAGGAUUUAUUUUACGUGGACCAGUAGAAAACAAAUCCCCCUCUCCAAGGCUUCAGCAGGGCUUCCGGGUUGCUCUGAGUUGAAUUUAUUUUUCCUGCAGGUGGCCGAGGACUGCACGUCUGCAUUCACACAUAGCCUCUGCUCUGACCACUUCCCCUGCAUGGAAUGAAUUCCUAGAACUUAUUACAGUAAAGAAGAAAAGGAAGCACAAGAGUAUCAAGCACAUGCAUGGUGGACCUGGUAAUCAUACAGUGAGAAAUCUGAAAAUACAAAAGAAUAUAUGGUAGUUGUGCUUCCUUCUGAGGAAAGUAGAAAAAGUGAGACAUUUUUCUGAAAUUUCUUUUUAGGCAUGUAUUACUGGAGCUAAAUUAUGUAUAAACAUAGGUGGUAUAAGUAGGUUAUAUGAUGAUGAUAAUAAGCAGUGAAGUAAUUCUUAGUGUUCUGGCAGUCGGAUUUUAUUCUAAUUCAGCAUUUAAGUGGCAGAUAAGCGUGCCAUUUCUUGUUCUGUGUGUUCUUGUUCAGUGGCCCCACCCACACGUUAGUAAUUCUGACUCUUCAGCGUAAUAACCAGGAGGCCGGCUACCUCUCGUGGGCCUAAAGCACAUCAGCCUUUUAACCCGUUAAUUACUAAGCUCCGAGCUGCGGGCGGGGACGACCCUGAUUUUAUCACGUUAAUUAAAAAAUGAAGAAUCAAAAAAUUGCCAGCCCACAGUUUGUCUGCACUUUACUGACACCAACACAAGCAGUAGUUAGGUAGGUCAGUGUUCGACAAUCAAAGAUUACACACAAGCACAUUCCUAUAAUGUACCUGCCAGUGAGGACCAAGGAUACUCUUGUACCUCUUAAAACCAUUUAGUUCACACAUUGUUCUGACCACCUUUUUUCUGGUCAAGCUGACUUGAACUGUAGCGCUGUUCAAGGUUGAAUGGGGCGAUAAGCAAAACAUGACUUGUACUGACCUCUAUUAGCAGCCAAGAAAUUAAAUAGCAUGGACGUGUCUCUGGCACAGCUACAGUGACAACAGAAGGAGUCACAUUGUCACAGCAGAGACUAGUAGGACACCGAGUGAAGAGGGAUUUUAUCUAAUAUAUACAUAUAAACUUAUACAAUAAUAAACUGCAUUUUUAUUUGCUUCCUGGGCUUGAGAGUGAAAUGUCUUGUGAUGCUGGCUGAAAAGGGGAUUCUGGGAAAGGUGUUCAGACUAGGUUAGAGCUUAUGUCACCGUUAUUUCUUGCUACGGGGAAGGAAAAUUCAUGAACCUCUAAAAGAAGAUUACAGUAGGUAUCGAAUAGGAUGCUGAAUCGUUUUUUUGAUGUUGUGAUGGACAUAAUACUAUAAGUAAUACACUCAAAUAUGAAAUUAGAGAGAUAGCCCAUCAUCAGUCAGUUAGUAAAAUGAAGCUGGGCUGGGUCCUUUUUUUUUUUUUGCUUUUCUUUCAAUGUUUAAAGAGUUAUUUCCCAGAGGGUUAUCAGCAAAAGUCACUAAAAUGUUCACAGAUAUGUAUUGCUGCAAUGCUACAAACACUAGAUGUGAAAAAAAAAAAGAAGAAAUUUUGCAUGACUGCGUUCAUUUUCAGAAGUUUCUCAUGUCAAAAAUCAAUUUAACAAAUUUGUGAUUCAGAGUGUUCAAAGAGCACAAAUCCUGUAUUUGUUCAAAUUCAAAUAACAGCCCUUGCCAUUACCCUGAACACAGACCCUCCCCAAAUGCAGUUUAAAACAUGUCUUAUGUUCUUAUUGUUAUAUUAUUUUCAUUUGAAUAAAUCUUAAUGAAACUCUCUUUUCCUCCCUUUGUUUGAAAUGUGUUAACAUUUUCUGCAAAAGAAAGUUCAGAUCUUCUUUGAAAUGUAUUCAAAUUUUCCUCCACCUGAAAGAGAUGACUAAUACUCUCCAGAGAUUUGGUGGAAGAGCAAAGAAAAGUGAGAGCUGCACUAAAAUUGUGUCAUUACUUUAGCUGUGGUUGU